AGCCAGUCUGGACAGCACUCCGUAGUUGCCAUGAUCCGAACCAUCUGCUUCUCUCUCCCUCUCAACAGCCCAACCCCGAUGUAACGCUGGACCAACCAUUUCCCACGUCCCCGAAGUUCACCCUUCGUCACCCGCCGCAUCGGUAUUCCAUCUUCUUAUCCCCGUCUGGUCAUCCAGGGCUCCAGAGGGAUGGGGUCGCCCCCGGGAGGGGGAGGGGGAGGGUCGUCCCGUUCUGGUCCCGCGUGGGCGGGUCCAUCUGCCAGCGCAUCACCUCAUAUUCGCUGCACCAGGCUUGGCGUUCCCUUGUGCCGGUACGACUGCGCCGUUUGGGUUGUGUGGCACCGUGCGGGCGGUGUUUGUCGGGUUUUUGGCGCCCGUCUGCUGCAGGUUUCUCGGAAGGCGAUGAACAGGUGUGUCUGGCUGUCCACUGGAGACGGGCUACGUGGACGACAACUCAACAGAGAUUGGGUCGAUGGCGGAGUCCUUCACCGUCAAGGGCAGCAAGAGUUGGAACUAGAGGAGCACGUGAAACCGGACGGCAUCGAGUCGGAGGCCGCGGCGCAGAAGGGACCCGACAGCGCGUUUCUGGGGCGGUUGGCUUUCGGGCAGUGUGCGUCGACGACCCGUGGCGCUGGUUCUAGCAGGGUUGUGACGAGCGCUCUACCACGAAUGCAGACGGGGGCGUGACGUUGCUCGACAAAAGCAUCCACACAGAGACGACUUCUCUACAAACUCGAUGU